UUAGAAUAGACAGAAAAGAAGAAAAGAAGGAAGAUUCUUUCUAAAGAUUAGGGCUGCGACUCCGCUAAUAGCCCAUGAGAGUGAUCUGUUUUUUUCUUGGUAGACAAAGCAAACUUUCAAACUUUGGUUAGGGUUUCCAUCCCUUGAAAGAUCUCAUUCGUGGGAUUCGAUUUUGUGAGCACAAAUUAAAAUGGUGAGAGGAAAGAUCCAGAUCAAGAAGAUCGAGAACACUACAAGCAGACAAGUCACGUUCUCUAAGAGAAGGAAAGGUCUCUUUAAGAAGGCUCAUGAGCUUUCUGUUCUUUGUGAUGCCCAAGUCGCAGCAAUAAUCUUCUCUCAGAAGGGAAGAUUAUAUGAUUUCACCAGCUCCGAUAUCCAGAAGACGAUCAAGCGAUACGCCGAGUAUAAGAGAGAGUAUUUCGUUGCAGAAAGUCACCCCAUGGAGCAAUACGUGCAGGGACUAAAGAAGGAAAUGGCAACAAUGGUGGAAAAGAUUGAAAUGCUUGAAGUGCAUAACCGGAAGUUGAUGGGGCAAAACCUGGCUUCUUGUUCGGUGAAAGAACUUCAAGAGAUAGCCACACAGAUAAAGAAAAGCCUUCAUAUUGUUAGAUUAAGAAAGGCUAAGUUAUAUGGAGAUGAAAUAGAGAAACUAAAAGCUAAGGAGAGGGAGCUCAAGGACGAGAGAGUCAGGCUUUGUGAAAGGGUUGGAGAAAGACCAUUGGGGACGCCAUCAAGCAGCGAAGAGAAAGAGGAUGUGGAAACUGACCUAGUCAUCGGAUUUCCGAAGAGCCGACGGUAACAUCUUUCUUGUUCGUUUAACAUGAAGCUACUUAUUAUCUCAAUUAAUGUCUGUAAAUCAAUAAUGUAUCAAUCACAUUUAUUUAUGUAUAAACCCAAAAUAAUGUGUCAGUGUACUAACUAUACUUUUCUUUGUGGAUGUAUGGUUUAAUUA